AAAAAAUGAUAGGAAACCUUGUUAUGAUGAUACAAGAGAUGUACAUUUAGCUGACCAAUAUUAUAAGAAGGAAUAUGAUGAAGAAUAUACUUCAAAGAAGUAUUAUAAUGAAGACAAAUACGAAGUCUACUUGAAUACUAGAUCUAGGCCUUAUCCAAAAAAUGCUGUUUCUAAAAAUAAAAGAACACCUGUAAUGUUUCAGAAGUCACCUCAAAUUACAAUUGUUAAAGAUUUAGAAAUGGAAGAACCUAUACCAAAACUAGUAUCUGAACCAGUCAGAACUGAAAAGUGUUAA